UGGCCUACGGCCGGGUGGGCGUGUCCGGAGCGCCACCUGGACCAAAGACCUAUAAAGAGAGGGAUCCGACCCGGAGACACUCAGCCGACUGUCUGCUACCUGACAACCGGAGAACCGACUACUUAACCGGGACAACAUGUACUCUCGCUCCAACAGCGUGACCCUGACGGUGCAGCGGGAGAGCUUCGGCUUCUCCGGGCGCGCGGCCCGCAGCACGGAGCCGGAGGUCUUCACCUUCGAGCGGGUGCCUCCGCAGGCCAGCGCGGUGCUCUCCUACGCGCCGCUGCGGCCGAGGAAGCGCUGCUCACGCGUCAUGUACCCGGCCAAGGUGCGCAUGCACCUCCCGCCGCCGGAGAGGAGCCCGGCCAAGCGCUGGCUGCUGGUGCUGUGGCUGGUGGUGCUGUGGCAGAUCUACACCGAGGAGCCGUACGCAGACGCGCCGCCGGGCAGCGCCGACGGGCCGGGCAGCGACUACCAGAGCUUCGCCAUCCACCAGCAGGUCGCGGAAGAGCAGCCGCAGCUCACGGACUUCGGAGCCGGAUCCGAGCUCCUGUCGGCCGUACCUGGUAUCUGAGGCUCCUUCUGGGGACCCGACUGACACCCAAGAGCCCGCAUCAGGGGGACCGGCGGAGCGCCAUGCUGGCGGCUCUGCUGGUCCACCUCACCGGGUGAGCGCCUCGUGCCUCCGGGAUCCGCGGUGACCCGAGCCGGACUGGACCGUCGUGCAGCGGCUGGAGAUCAGCGGUGCGCCCUGCGAGACGCAGCCGGGGAGCGAGCAUCGUGCGCCGGCUUCUCCUCCUUAUCCAUGCCGGCGAAGGAGAACAGUCUAGAACAGGAUGAAAGAAAAGAAAGAGAGAGAGAGGAAAAGACAAAACUCUGAGCACCAUCCCUGAAACUUGAAUUAAGAAUACUGUGACUGUCUGCACUAACUUCAAGUUUAAUUGUUUUUCAAAUGAAACUGUCUGUUGUCUAAAUGUCUUAUUUAUUAUAUUUGCUAUUUAUUAAUUUAAAUAAUAAAACGUUUCUAAAAUAA